AUGGUGGCAGAGCUGGAGGGCGCAACAGAUUUGGUGGACUUGACUGGCAGAGUGAAGCAGGUCUUUGACCGUUAUCGCUCAGAUGAGAGGCGUACCUUUCUGACAAGGCCAGAGAUGCAAAGAAUGCUGAACGAACUUGUUCCAAACACUAGUUAUAAGAAUUUGGACAAGAUGCUGAAGGAGAUAGAUGGCGAGGGCGCAGACGGGAAGUUCACCACUCCAGAGUUUGUGGACUGGCUGGUUAGCAAGGUGAGUCAGAGACAGGCUCAGCGUGUUGUACUUCGUGCGAUUGUUGAAGCCACCGGCGACUCCUUGGGCGCAAGGGUCAUGGAGAUGUUCGAUCGAUAUGACCUGGACGGAAGCGCGUUCCUGGAGCGGCACGAGCUGAUGAAGGUGCUGCGAGUCCUUGACUCGGAGAUUACCACGGCAGAAAUCCAGAGACCAGAAAGCAAGUGGAAGCGUCCGGCCAUGCAAUUCAAGCAGACCAGUAGUGACCAGAACACCUUGCCUGUCGACGAACUGCCAGGAGUGUCCUACAAAGAAUUCCUUGUCUGGCUCGGCAAAGGCGGGUCGCUGGCCCGAAAGUUAGCCAGCAAGCUCAAGCAGGUGACAGGUCCAGUCCGAGAAAAGAGGGUCAGAGAUGCCUUCACCAUGUAUGACGUUAGCGGAGAUGGAUUUUUGGACAUAUCUGAGCUGCGGAAUGCCAUGGGCAAAAUGUUCCUCUUCAAUCAGGAGGAGGUGAAUAAAAUCUGUGCGGACCUCGACACCAGCAAUGAUGGUGUGAUUUCUUAUAAGGAGUUUGCGACGUGGAUGCGGAAAGGGUCAUCUUCUAAGGAGGUCCUGAAAGGAAAAACUAUUCUGGCCCCGAUCGAUAGCGAUGGCUUGGAUGCCGUGUUCUACGUCUUCUGUGGCCCUGGCAAAACUGAGAUGGAGAUGAAGGACUUUGUGAAGUUUUGCAAAAAUUGCAAAUUUGUUGAUUCCACGCUGCCUCCUGCAGUGGCGGAGCUAGUUUUCAACGACCACCGGGUGAAGCCGCUCGGGCGUCGAACUAUCGAUUUCUUUGAGUUUGCCGUGGCGCUGGAAAUCUUGGCGGAGCGCAGGAACACGAAGGUGGGUGAUUUACACACCGUGGCCUUGCUGACUGGCGGACCGCAAGCACAACUCAAAGGGGCAGUGGCUGAGACGGCGCAGAAAGGUCCGACCCGCAAGCAGCGGGCUUCGAGGGUUGCCAAGCAGAUGAAGCCAAUCCUGGAGGACAAGGACGGUUGGAAGCGCGACGUGGAUAAUGGUGAGCUUUGGAAGAAGUUUGGCAUAGGCACCUCUGCCGGUCGGUGCCUCCGUCAGAUCUAUGGGCCGGCGGAUGUCUCAUUGCCGCCGCCACCAGCCAGGGCAGACCAAGGCCUGCCCCAAGUGCACCGAAGCUCCAUAAAUCUCCACAAGAUACGAGGAUCCCUUGAGCAUGUCAGACACCUGGCCCUUCCCAAGCUGCCACAACCCGCCACUGAAGCUUGCAACGGAGGCCUUGGCAAAAGCUUAUCUCUUCCUGCCCUCUCGGUUGUCCGCACGCCUUGUGCAAAGUCACCGGAGCCACCUGCGCAGUGA